CCCGCGAAUAAGCUCAGAUACCCGCGGAUUGAGUGCGGGUAGGAUUAGAGUUGAGUAUUCCUCACCCUCAAAGCCUUAACCUCUUCAUCGCCAUCUCAUCAUCGCCGAGGUCUUCUCCCGUCGUCAUUGCGCCUCCUGCUUCUCCACGCUGCCGAGCUCGUUGUCGCUGCCGACUGCUCCGUCUCCUGCAACAGCGUCGCCGCCGCCGUCCACCUCCUCCAUUUCAAGUUUCAAGGCAUAAAAUUCUGACAUGGAUCCAAAACCCAAAGACCCUUAUUAUUAUGUGCCUGGAAUCAUGAAGGCCGCCAGUGGACUAUAUGACAAAGAUAUCCAAAUCCCUGACCCUUCUUAUUAUGUGCCCGAACUUAUGAAGGGCCCCGCCAGUGGACUAUAUGACAAAGAUAUCCAAAUCCCUGACCGGUACCAUUUAAAAUCUCCUCCUAGUUCACAUACUCGUGAGCCAACUGUAGCCGAGAAUCAAUUUGAAUUGAAACUGACGCAUCCUUACCAUGUAUUGGCAAUGGAUCAUUAUAACAAAAGCAUAGAUAAUAAGGAAGAGGAGUAUAAGAUUUUAAGUUUGGUCAGUAUGGGCAAAACCAGGAUAAUGUGUUUCGGUUAUCUUGGUUUUCUUCAUCACCUCUUCUGGAAGGCUGCGCCUAGAAAUUCCCCUUCGACAGCCGAGCCUAGAAUUUUCUAUGCUCGAGUUCAUGAGUUUAAGGAGAUUCAUAUACCAUUUUGUGGCUUUUAUAGCGAUUCUAUUGAUGACUCAGAGAGCUGUGAGAUUUGCAGUCUCAAGAAUUAUGAUGAAUUCUGUAAGAAAGCAAAAGAAUUGCUGGAUAAAGAAGAAGAGAAGGCAAAGGCAAUUCAUAACGAUGGAUGUUUGUUCCCAUGGAGACGAACAAAUGAUGAACAAUGAAUCGGAUGGAAGGGGGAAAGAGACCUAGGAUGCCUGAUCCCUAGAAAAGGAUGAAAGACAUUACAAUAAUGACUCUGGAAAAUACUUUGUAUCAAGUAUUUUGUUUGAGAUAUUUUGCUUUUAUGUUUAUGAAUGAUAUGUUUGGUAAUAACAAUUCUGGAAAAUACUUUGUAUUAAGUAUCUUAUGCACUUCUUACUAUAAUGAUAGGUUUGGAUAGUUAUAGGUGGUUUUAAAUUGUGAUUACAGUUUGCCACGGAGAGAAAGAAAAUGCAGCUUUUGUCGUCACAUAAAUUCGAUUGGAAUGGUGGUUUCGGUGAUGGAAUUCCUUUAAAUUUGUCUUUUUCUUGGCUGAAUGGUUGGAUAUUUUGAAUUUGUAUGAGGCUUUGGAUUUUCGUGAUGGCUUCAAUGGUUUU